GUGGUGAGUGGGGGGCGGAUAAGAGAGAUGCGACACCCCCCCGGCCCCACCCCACCCCCCCCCCCCACGCCGGGGCCAGGCACACCGUGAGGGGCCCAGCCACUUCCAUACGCCCUCCGGUCGGCCGGCACCUACCACCCACCCCUCGCCACCAAGCUGGGUGCAGAGAACAGGGCAGGCGCACGGACGGUUCUUACGGCCCCAGGCGCCAGACCCAGGGCACAGAGGCCGGGAUCUCACGCGCGACCGCACGAGGCCGGGACCCUCCCUCCCCUUCCGUCCACUCCCUUCCCCACCGCCUCCGGUCCCCUCCCGGUCUCCGCCACCCCGCUUCGGGGCCCCCGCCCCCCAGCCGGGCAGCCAAUCGGAGCUGGGAUCCCGCCUCGGUCCGCAAAGCCGGUGGCGCCCGGAGGCUGCACGGAGAGCGGUGCCCGCGUCAGAUGGAAUCUUGCUCUGUCACCCAGGCUGGAGUGCAGUGGGACGAUCUCGGCUCAUUGCAACCUCCGCCUCCCAGGUUCAAGCAAUUCUCCUGCCUCAGCCUCCCGAGUAGCUGGGACUACAGGUCCACGCCACCAUACCCAGUGACCGAAGGAAGAGACCAAGAUGAAUACAGAGCCCGAGAGGAAGUUUGGCGUGGUGGUGGUUGGUGUUGGCCGAGCCGGCUCCGUGCGGAUGAGGGACUUGCGGAAUCCACACCCUUCCUCAGCGUUCCUGAACCUGAUUGGCUUCGUGUCGAGAAGGGAGCUCGGGAGCAUUGAUGGAGUCCAGCAGAUUUCUUUGGAGGAUGCUCUUUCCAGCCAACAGGUGGAGGUCGCCUAUAUCUGCAGUGAGAGCUCCAGCCAUGAGGACUACAUCAGGCAGUUCCUUAAUGCUGGCAAGCACGUCCUUGUGGAAUACCCCAUGACACUGUCAUUGGCGGCCGCUCAGGAACUGUGGGAGCUGGCUGAGCAGAAAGGAAAAGUCUUGCACGAGGAGCAUGUUGAACUCUUGAUGGAGGAAUUCGCUUUCCUGAAAAAAGAAGUGGUGGGGAAAGACCUGCUGAAAGGGUCGCUCCUCUUCACAGCUGGCCCGUUGGAAGAAGAGCGGUUUGGCUUCCCUGCAUUCAGCGGCAUCUCUCGCCUGACCUGGCUGGUCUCCCUCUUUGGGGAGCUUUCUCUUGUGUCUGCCACUUUGGAAGAGCGAAAGGAAGAUCAGUAUAUGAAAAUGACAGUGUGUCUGGAGACAGAGAAGAAAAGUCCACUGUCAUGGAUUGAAGAAAAAGGACCUGGUCUAAAACGAAACAGAUAUUUAAGCUUCCAUUUCAAGUCUGGGUCCUUGGAGAAUGUGCCAAAUGUAGGAGUGAAUAAGAACAUAUUUCUGAAAGAUCAAAAUAUAUUUGUCCAGAAACUGUUGGGCCAGUUCUCUGAGAAGGAACUGGCUGCUGAAAAGAAACGCAUCCUGCACUGCCUGGGGCUUGCAGAAGAAAUCCAGAAAUAUUGCUGUUCAAGGAAGUAAGAGGAGGAGGUGAUGUAGCACUUCCAAGAUGGCACCAGCAUUUGGUUCUUCUCAAGAGUUGACCAUUAUCUCUAUUCUUAAAAAUUAAACAUGUUGGGGAAACAAGAA